AUGUCCCGUCUUCGCGAUUCGGCGGAAUACGUCUCUAAGGCAAAUCAUCGAUGGGCUGGUCAUAUAAUGAGAUGGACAGACGACAGAUGGACACUAAGAACUCAGCAAUGGAUUCCUCGCGAACGUCACCGCCCCACUUCAAUACCAACAUCAUGGAUGACGCUAGCGGAAGACAGAAACGGAUGGAAACAGUGCGGUGGCCUGCACGAUAAGUGA